GCCCCCAUAGAGGUUACAGGUUACGCCGGUAGGCCUACCGUGUCAUAAGUCGGUAUCGUCUAAUCGGGACAAACUGUCAAACACGAUGUAUUCAACUAGUGUGCAGUUCUUACAUCGCACCCUUAUCAGCGGAUAUGCAAGUUGUCCCUUCGUUCCGCGGUACAAUCAAUGUAUUCAUCAUGGAAGACAAUUUUUUCAGUGCAAAAGAAAUGCCAAACAAUGGGCAGCUAGAUAUGCUAAAUCGCACAACAGAUCCGAGUCAAAUAAACUCUUACCUCAAGGAUUCUCACCAAAGUCACAACGAUCCAUUUCCACUGGACAUAGAACAUUUUAUAUCAAUAUAAGUACCCUAGUAAGGAAGAGACUGUUUGAUAUCAAAGAAAGCCAUGUGAAUUGUAUAGUAGGAUUAGCCUCACUUACAGGAUAUGUGACUUGGACUCUGAAGAAUACAAAAGCUUACUGUAAAGCCAAAAAUCAGAAAUCACGUUUGAUCGGCUCCAGGAACAUUGACAAGUCAUGUGAACAACCAGAUUUUGAUUGGAAGACAUUUUUCCAGUUAUUACGUCCAGACCUGUUGUAUCUUAUUUCAGCUGUUGUGUGUGCUGUUGCUGCAGCUAUAGUUAAUAUCCAGAUUCCCUUGGUGCUGGGAGAGAUUGUCAACAUAGUGUCUUCCUUCACACAGGAUGUAGCCAGGGACUUUAUACAUGAAGUCCGUCAGCCAGUCAUCAAAAUGAUAGGAUAUUAUGCAGUACAGAGUGUCCUGACCUGUACCUACCUGUCGUUACUGUCUACGGUGGGAGAAAACAUGGCUGCCAGAAUGAGGACAUGUCUCUUUGAUUCCAUUCUUAGACAAGACAUUGAGUUUUUUGACAAACAUAAGACAGGAGAGCUGGUUGACAGGUAAGUAACAAAAAACAGG